CUUUUAUCACUCUUAUCUUGUUACUGGCUCUGAUAACUCUGCCCACCGGCUUCUUCCGCCGGCCUCAAAAUUUAAAGUAUCGCUGCGUUCAAACCUUCCCCGGAAUAUUCCAUUUUGCUGUUCCGUCGACCUGUUCGCCGUUCGAACGAUAUUUUGCCGGAAUUUCAUCGGAACUUGGCCUGAAAAAUGCGCCUGAGGGCCUGAAAGUGGGGCUUUUGAAGCAAAGCGAGAAAGCUGCGCUGGGUUCAUUUGAACAAAGUGUUUGCAGCUACACUUCUUUAUAUCAAGCUCAUGUUUUGCGUACAAUAAAUAAGCAAGUUGAUGAGAUGAGUUACCUACAAGUCACUGCAGUCCGGCCUUCUUUACGGGUACCAGAUCAAUAUAACACACUCCGUAGAUCAAGUAUUCAAUGCUUUGCUCCAAUGAACAUAUUUAAUCUUCAUAAUGCUUCAAAACCAUCCGUUGGUUCGUCAAAGAGAUGCACAGAAUUAAUGAAAUGUAACGUGGUACAAAAAACCAGUGCAUCUCGCUAUCAACAAUGCAUGCCAGUGUGUUCGUUUGGUGGCAAAGGAGAAUCGAAAAAUAGCGACGAGGCUUCCCCAUGGAAAUCUAUUGAAAAAGCUAUGAGUAGUUUUAAAAAGGAACCGUCUUUAGAGGAUGUACUAAGGCAACAAAUGGAGAAUAAAGAUUACUAUGAUGGAGAUCCUCCUAGCGGUGGUGGUGGCGGUGGUGGCGGUGGGUUUGGUGGGACCGAUGAUGAAGGCUUUGCUGGGCUCUGGGAUGAUAUACUGCAAGUGACAUUGGCAAUCCUUGCGCUUAUUGUUCUGUACAUGUACAUCAUCGCGCGUGACCAGCUCAAGCUAUUCAUAAGGGAUACCGUUGACUUUCUGUUGGGAAAAAAAGGUCCUCGUCUUAGGACCAUAAUGUACGAGUUUGCUCAAUUCUAUCAAAAGUUCAGAGUCAAAGUCCCGUAUGACCCGUACUGGCUGGAAAAAGCAAUAAUCACUACUCCUACAUGGUGGGAUAGCCCCGAGAAGUAUCGACGCAUCCUUAAUAUUCCUGAUCGGUCUAUCAAGUCUUCGAAAAGUAACUUAUAUAGCGAUAGUGAUGGAAACGCGGCUUCCAGUGACAACCUGUAUGGGGAUUCGGACAAUGACGAUUACAAUGACAAGGCCUAUGAUGAUGACAAAGACGAUAAUGCUUAUAGUGAAGAUGUUGAUGACGAGUACUAAAGUAAUUUCAAGUUAUCCACCUUCGAUUUUGUGAUUAAUAGGAUGAUUAAUGAUUUGUCAUUGAAUCAAGUUAUUUGCAUCUUGCUUGUGAGAAAAAGACUGAACAGAAUCCGACUUUUUUUUCCGACGCUGCUUGUCAUAUUUUUGUAGCCAUUUUUCGAUUAAUAUGUUGUUCUAAUAUGCGGUUUUUUUGGGUA